AUGCAGGUAUACACGCGGAGCUCGGUUCUGACGUUGGCUGCCUAUGGGUUUCUGUGUAAGGGGAAGCAGGCUGUGGUCGCAGUAAAUCAUCCACACUGCAGUAAGUGCAGUAGUGUUCAGCAGAAAAAGGUUAGCCGUUCAAUACACCAGUUUACUGCCACGACGACCGACCCCGACAUUACUUCCAGAUCCAGAAGAGUCUGCAUGUCGCCCAGCGCCAUGUCCCAGAGGAUGGUGUGGGUGGACCUGGAGAUGACAGGUCUUGACAUUGAGAAGGACCACAUCAUUGAAAUGGCGUGCAUCAUCACAGACUCUGACCUGAACAUUUUGGCUGAGGGACCCAACUUGAUAAUUAACCAGCCAGACGAACUACUGGAAGGAAUGUCAGAGUGGUGUAAAGAGCAUCAUGGAAAGUCAGGACUGACCCAGGCGGUACGGGAUAGUAAAAUCACCCUAGAACAAGCGGAGUAUGAGUUCCUGUCCUUCAUCAGACAGCACACUCCACCCGGACAGUGUCCUCUUGCUGGUAACUCUGUGCACGCAGACAAGAGGUUCCUGGACAAGUACAUGCCACAGUUCAUGUACCACCUUCACUACAGAAUCAUUGAUGUCAGCACCAUCAAGGAGCUCAGCAGACGGUGGUUUCCAGAGGAAUUCAAGAUGGUGCCACACAAGAAAGCAACUCACAGAGCCUUGGAUGACAUCCAGGAGAGCAUUAUAGAGCUGCAGUACUACAGAGCCAACAUCUUUAAAGCGUCAGCAGAAGAGAAGAAGCGAAAAAUUGUUGAAAACGGAGGCUGCACCAGAUGUUAGGACACAAGUGAGACUAUUUAGUCUUCACUGUUGCAUUACUUGAAGAAAGCAUUCUCUUCAUUAAUUUUAGUUUCCGUUCAUGGUUAACAGCCUAACAAUCCAGUGUUUGAAUAUGAUUAAUGCAGAGGCUCCAUCAAAGGGAACAAGAUUCUAGCAAUGGUUAAAGGAAACAUAUUUUCCCAAGUUCAAAAGAGAAACAUUUGGAAGUGACCUAUGGUAUUUAUAUUUUGUUUUUAUUUAGAUGGAGAGAUUGAUUUUCAUUUUUUUCUUGUUAAAAUGAAACAAAAUAAAUUCAGUCAUCCCUGACAAAACAA